CCAAGUAUUAAUUUACAUUUGUUAGGGUCCCGUCUACAACUGAACUGUUUCCAGGAGAGAAGAAAACAGAUUUAAUAGACACACCUUAAUAAGAGAUGAGGUGAUCGUUCAACGAACUGAUGCUUUUUCCUUCUUUUGACGUCCACACCAAGUCACUUGCUAUAGAGAAGUACGCUCGGGAUUGAAUCUGAGGUCUGGACCCGACAGAAAUACCAGAGGGAUUAUCUCGUGUACGGAGCAUCAUGGCCGAGCCGGACUACAUGGACGGGGACAUUGAUGAGAUCAUCAAACCCAAGAAACUCAUCAACCCGGUGAAGACUUCCACUAAUCACCAGGACUUGCACAGAGAGCUUCUCAUGAACCAGAAAAGGGGUCUUGCGGCACAGAAUAAGCCUGAACUUCAGAAGGUGAUGGAGAGGAGGAAGAGAGAACAGGUGCUAAAGUCUCAGAAAGAAGAGCAGGAGGCUCACAAGAAAAGAUCAGACCUUGAGAUCGAGCUCAUGAAGAGACGAGAGACACUUGAACAGCUGGAACUGGAACAACAGAAGAUGGAAGAAGAGCAGGAAAACACUCCAGAGUUCGUCAAAAUGAAAGGCAAUCUAAGAAGAACCAAACAGGAGGUGGAUAGCCAGGAGCGUGCCACUUAGAAAUGGUUUCCGUUGACAUGACAACUAGACUGUGGUUUGUGGGGAUUUCCUGGUGUUCCUCCCCCAUGUGUCCCUGUGAAACAAGUGACUAGAACGGUUCCUAUUGCCUGCUUGCAAGCCACAACCAGUAUUCACUCACCUCUUUUACUGAACAACCAUUACAAAUAAAGAGGAUUAAAGAAUAAUUAACACGCAGACAUGAACUCUUGGCACAUGGUUGCAGCCUCGUUGCCACUGGUUGACUGGCUUCAAAGAACAUGCAUGGCGGAACAAACACAGUCAAAAUCAUUUGUUUGUUUUUUUGGAGGGGCACAUAUUUUUGACUAUUAUUUUUAUUUUCGAAAGCCGAAACGGGACACUGGAUGGACUCUUUUAAGCCAAAACAAUACGCUUUUAUUUAUGUUCAGCGUAAGGGCUCUUCAUUUCCAAGAAUCACAUUCUCCUCUUGGUUGGUGAUUUUGAAACGUAAACUAAAUAGGAAAUUUCAUUGCAAGUUUUGCUCGUGUGAUGCACCAUGUUUGCUUUUAUAAAUUGUAAUAUAUGUGCGCUCCCUCUGCUCAUAAGCAAUACUAGUUCUAGGUUCGUGAGUUUUCUUUACAAAUAUUUUGUUAUACCUUUUUUAAAAUGAAUAUGUUACUAAUAAGUUAAUUCAUUUUAGUUCAAUGUGAUGUUACAUCUUAUUUUUCUUCACUUGAAUGGUAGCCGUUUGCAAUCAGAAAAGCUAGAAGAGAACAUUUAAGAUGUUUAUUAAUGAAAAGAGACACAUGGUUUUGUGUAUUGAGCCAAUAAAUAACCACUCCUUGUGUUCCCUUAAAACAUUCUUUUAAUAAAUAUUAUUUUAUCAUGUUGAA